AUGCCCUCAACGCCAUGGAUCUUCAUCUGCCCCUCCAGCAGAGGCAUCGGCAAUGCCCUCACCCGCCACAUCCUGCGACGCACGGCUCGCUUGUCUACGCCGAUCCCGGUUCUCGCAACUACGCGGCAUCCUGAUCCGGCAGUGGCCAAGGCGACACUUCUUGAAGAUGAGAAACAACAAGAUGAGCUCUCAAAGCGCCUCUUUGUCGUACGCUGCGACGUCACAGAUGAAUCCACCAUUGCGUCUGCCGCCCAAGAGGCCCAGAAUCUGUUCCCCAAAGACUCGCACCACCUGCAUCUCGCCUGCGUGCUCCCGGGGGUGCUGCUUAAUCCGGAGAAGUCGCCGGCGCAGGUGGACGCGGACGCAGCGUUGCAGUCGUUCCGGAUCAAUGCCGUCGGACAGCUGCUGGUGGCGAAGCAUUUCUUUGGCUUCCUGCCCAGGAAGGGGACUGCGAUGUCGCAGCCGGGAUACGAGUACGACGAUGAAGAUGCAGAUGAAGAGGACGACGACUAUGAAGGCGAGGAUGAGGACGAGGCGGAGGAAGAGGUCAUGCGUCUGCCUCAGCACGCAACUUGGCUCAACAUGUCGGCGAGAGUGGGAUCGACGACGGAUAAUCGCGCGGGAGGUUGGUUUUCGUAUCGCGCGAGCAAGGCGGCUGUUAAUAGCAUCACCAAGAGCCUGGACAUACAGCUGCGGACUAGGGCGGGCGACAAUGCCAUGGCGGUGGCGUAUCAUCCCGGCACGGUCAAGACGGAGUUGAGCAAGGACUUCUGGAGUGGUGUUCCGAAGGACGAGUUAUUCAGCACUGAGUAUGCGGCUGAGAGGCUCAUGGAGGUGGUGUGUGGUUUGGGCGUGAAGGACAGAGGGCGAUGUUGGGAUUGGAAAGGGACUGAGAUUCCUCCUUGA